AUGCAACUCAUGGGAUGUAGUCGAAGCCUGUUUGCUAGGUUUAAUGUGGCGUGCAGAGUGGGGCUUUUUAAUGUUUCACGCCCAGCCACCACCAGCUACCUCAACAACAGGGAGUGGGAAGACUACUUCGACAACAAGGGUAUUAUUCCUUCUAUGACCUCAGCGGCGACGAGCCGACGAGGUUUUCAAGGGAGCAGGACGCUUGCAGAUAUGUUCGUACCUCCUAUUGGUCCUCUGAAGACUUUCCAGGACCUGAUUGGUUCCGAUUAUGAAAAGCAUACCCAACUUACCGAUGGUUCUAAAAACCAUAUGCAGGUUGAGCUCUGUAUGCUAAGGUGGAAGAAUCUGUUUUUGUUCUUUUCAAGCCUGGACACUUGUGACCGUGAACAUCUUUCAAUUAUGGGGUCAGUUAAUGCUGAGGUAAGUAAAACAGAGGAUUAUAAGCUUGUAUGGAUCCCCGUUGUGGAGGAAUGGAAUGAAAAAGAAAAGAAGGAAUUUGACAAGUUGAGGUCUCAGAUGCCGUGGUACACAGCCAAGUGUUCCUGCUUACGUAUAUCAGACAUUAAGAAUAAGUGGGAUUACGAGGGUAAGCCUAUCUUGGUUGUGAUGGACUCAGACGGCCAAGUGAAAAACAGGAAUGCUCUCCGAAUGUUUGGGGAAAAGGGAAUCACGGCCUUUCCUUUCUACGCUGCUCGCAAUUAA